GUAGCUGCAAGCACGCGGCUCCAGCAGCGCAGCUUCCAUUGCCGUCGUGCGCCUGCGGGUUUGGUUCCUGCUGCAGCUCCCGGCGUCUGCAAGGCUCUUGGAGAAAGCAGGAGGUGGAAGUUAAAUCCGUCUGCUUUCUGUUCGUGCUCCUGCUUAAAUGCUCACGGCAGCUUCAGGCUCAUCCUGCAAUAUACUGACAUCGCAGGAGGCAGCAGUGCUGACCUAGGGUAUCGACGGCUGAAAGAGGAGAGAGUCCAAGAAAAAAGGUCUGAGUUUUGAAGAGAAGAGAGCCCGCAUGAUGGAGAUUUUUUUUGAAACAAAAGAUGUCUUCCAGUUGAAGGAUCUAGAGAAGAUUGCUCCAAAAGAAAAAGGGAUUACCUCGAUGUCAGUGAAAGAGAUUCUGCAGAGCCUUGUUGAUGAUGGCAUGGUGGACACUGAUAGAAUUGGAACUUCCAAUUAUUUCUGGGCUUUCCCAAGUAAAGCUCUUCAUGCCAGGAAGCGUAAAUUGGAGGAGUUAGAGUCUCAGCUUGCUGAAAGCAGUCAGAAAAAAGAGGGUUUAGAAAAAAGCAUCGAGAAAUCAAAAAUUGGACGUGAAGAUACUGCGGAUCGUGCAGCUCUGCUGAAGGAACUUGCUGCCCUUCGGCAGAAGAAAGAGCAGCUAAAGACAGAAAUAGACAAAUACAGGGAAUGUGAUCCAGACGUGGUUGAAGAGAUGCGCCAAACAAACCAAGUGGCCAAGGAGGCAGCCAACAGAUGGACUGAUAACAUCUUUUCAAUAAAGUCCUGGGCCAAGCGUAAAUUUGGAUUUGAAGAGAGCAAAAUAGAUAAAGGUUUUGGAAUCCCAGAAGAUUUGGAUUAUAUUGAUUAGUGUUCAGUUGAUGGCUGACACAGUUGUACAUAGUUUGUUAUAUAUUAAUAGCUGCCAUUAAAAUGUGAAUCCUCUCCAAAAAAGGUGACCGCCCUUUAAUUUGCUGGUUUUGUUAAGGUUAAUAAAAUACUAAAAAAUA